UAGUAACUCACUCAAUUCGUCGAACACCUGUGUGUUUGUUUAGAAAACUUUUUCUGUUCCCCUAUGACAUUGAUGUUCUCUUCAUCUCUAAACUGCUAUUCUUAUUCAUGGGUUCUUCCCCAAAAGCCACAAUACCCACUUUCCCUUUCAGGCUUGCAUAAGUCCACCAGUUUCAUCCCCUUGGCUUCCCUCCAACAUCAUGAAGGGUUUACUGCAUCUUCAUCGUCUAGGUCAAAUUCACUCUCUACCUUCUCUUCUUCAGCAACGCAUCAGCUUCCCCCAAAUUUCACCCCGAAAGACCUACUCGGUAUCCUCCGCCGCCAGAAAGAUGCGGAUUCAGCACUUCAAGUCUUUGAGUGGGCGGCACAGCAGCCAAAUUUUGUACCCACUUCGUUAGUCUACGAGGAGAUGCUUCAGCUGCUCGGAAGGUUCGGUUCUUUUGAAUUGAUGGAGCAGCUUCUGCUAGAGAUGAAGCUCUCUGGCUGUGAGAUGAAUAGAGGUACGUUUGAGAUUUUUAUUGAAAGUUAUGCCAGAUUCAAUUUAUUUGAUGAAGCUGUGGGUGUGCUUACAAUGAUGGAAGAAGAAUUCGGGUUGGAACCAGAGUUAUUCAUAUAUAAUUUCUUAUUGAAUGUUCUUGUUGAGGGAAACAAAUUAAAACUGGUCGAGUCUGUCCAUUCGAACAUGAACAGUAGGGGAAUCGGUCCAGAUGUUUCAACAUUCAAUAUCUUGAUCAAGGCUUUGUGUAGAGCGCAUCAAAUUAGACCUGCCAUUUCUAUGAUGGAGGAUAUGUCCAACUAUGGUUUGGUUCCAGACGAGAAGACCUACACUACUCUUAUGCAGGGAUUUAUCGAAGAAGGGAAUUUGGAAGGAGCUUUGAAAAUCAGGGAACGAAUGGAGGAAGUAGGGUGCUUGUUAACCAAUGUUUCCGUAAAUGUUCUGAUUAAUGGGUUCUGCAAAGAGGGUAGAGUAGAAGAGGCUCUCACUCUCUUACAAGAAAUGGCCCUUGAGGGAUUCCAUCCCGAUAAAUUCACCUUCAACGCUUUGGUGAAUGGUCUGUGCAGAACUGGGCAUGUUGAGCAGGCCUUAGAGAUAUUGGAUGUGAUGCUUCAGGAAGGGUUUGAUCCUGAUAUCUUCACUUACAACACAUUGAUAUCUGGACUUUGUAAAUCUGGUGAGCUCGAGGAAGCCAUGGAGGUUCUCAAUCAAAUGGUGUCUAGGGGUUGUUUCCCAAACACUGUUACCUACAACACUCUAAUCAGCACCAUGUGUAAGGAGAACCGGGUUGGAGAAGCUACUGAACUUGCUCGUGACCUUUCAACAAAGGGGCUCUUACCUGAUGUGUGUACAUUUAACUCUCUAAUACAUGGUCUCUGCAUGUCCGGUGACCACAGGAUUGCAUUGGAACUAUUCAAGGAGAUGAAAAAUAAGGGUUGCCCACCAGAUGAGUUUACUUACAAUACGUUGAUUGAUAACCUUUGUUCUAAAGGGAGACUGGAGGAAGCAUUGGGACUGUUGAAAGAAAUGGAGUCAGGGGGCUGUGCGCGAAAUGUAGUAACAUAUAAUACUCUGAUCGAUGGCUUCUGCAAGAAUCAGAGGAUUGAAGAGGCAGAGGAAAUCUUUGAUGAGAUGGAACUGCAAGGAGUUUCAAGGAACUUGGUAACUUAUAACUCCCUUAUUGAUGGUCUUUGUAAAAACAAGAGGGUGGAUGAAGCUUCACAACUUAUGGAUCAGAUGCUGAUGGAAGGGCUGAAACCUGACAAAUUCACCUAUAAUUCCUUGCUUUCGAACUUUUGCAGGACAGGAGAUAUAAAAAAGGCAGCAGAGAUCAUCCAGACCAUGACUUCAAAUGGGUGUAAGCCAGAUGCAAUCACCUAUGGAACCCUCAUUGGUGGGCUGUGUAAGGCAGGUAGAGUUGAGGUUGCCAGUAAGCUCCUCAGAUCUUUACAAAUGAAAGGAAUGGUUCCUGCUCCACAAGCUUAUAACCCUGUAAUUCAAGCACUGUUUAAAACGCAAAGGGCAAAAGAAGCCGUGAGGCUUUUUAGAGAAAUGGUUGAGAAAGGUGAACCUCCAGAUGCUGUUACUUACAAGAUUGUUUUCCGUGGCCUCUGUUGCGGAGGUGGGCCUAUUGGAGAGGCUGUUGAUUUUGUGGUUGAGAUGACAGAUAAGGGGUUUUUGCCCGAGUUCUCCUCAUUCUCCAUGCUUGCUGAAGGUCUUUGUGCUUUAGCCAUGGAGGACACACUAAUCAGGCUUGUUGAUAUUGUCAUGACGAAAGCGAACUUCUCAGAAAAUGAGGUUUCCAUGAUAAUGGGUUUCCUUAAGAUCCGGAAAUUUGAUGAUGCUUUAGCCACCUUUGGCCGUCUCUUAAAUAGUAGGAAACCCAGAAAAGUUUACAGGUGAAGCUGCUAGGAAAAAUGCAUGCUGUAUAAAGCCCACCCAUCUGCCUGCUUAUUUAUAUGGUUUUGAAUCAGAACAAAUCUUAUGGAUGAGUGCUAAAUGUAUCUGAACAUGCUCAGAGGUGGGCAGUUUUUUAAAAGAUCAUACAUCAGCUUAGCUCUAUAACAUGGUGUACAGAAUUUAAUCAUUGACUUCCCUCCUGAAGGGGAGAUUUACUUUUAUACCUUCA